AUGAGUACGCACUCCAAAAUAGUCAUCAUUUGCACUGUGUAAAAACCGACCAUCAUACCAGCUGAGUUGUCAGUCAACCACAGCCCACCGCCAAGAAGCUCCCACCCCUGUCGCCACCAUAAUCACCACCCCGACCCCCACUACCACCACCGCCACCGCUAUCACCUCCACCUCCGUCUACCCUAUUCCCUCUAAUGGGCAGCAACGAGGAAACCGACAAAUCCAAUUCUUUCUUCGACUCAUCUUCCCCCUCAGAGCCUCUCCUCUCCAAACCCACUUUCUCUCCUUCUCUUCCUUCUCCUUCCCCUCCUCCUAUCGAAGAAGCCACCCAACCCCUCCCAGAUGAAUCCGACCCUAACCAGUACCUACAGAUCUCUUACAAUUAUGGUAUCAGAACCUUCAAGGACCUUCCCUUUCUCAUUCUCUUUGCUUUCUUUGUUAUUUGCACUUUCGCUUUUGGAAUCUUCUCUAUUUUCCACAGAAACCAAAAUUACUUCAGGCUUUCCUCCUAUACAUACGACUUCAACUCAACUUCUUGCGUCAAGGACUCGUUGUCUUCGUCCACUGAUGGUUUUUUCGAAACUCAUGUGUAUUAUUACCUUUUGAGUUCGUCGAAUUCUGGUGUUUGGAAAGCUUUGAUAUGGAGUCUUGUAAUUACUUUGAUCUUGAGUGCACCCAUUUGCUUUCUUUUGCUUUUGUUGCUCAAUCAUUACACCAAGCAGAUUGUGUACAUCUCGCUUCCCUUCUUUGUCGUUAUUCCCAUCUUUUUCAAUGUUUAUUGGUUCGUUGCCUGCACAGUUAGCUCUUCUUGCAGCGAUGUAUUCCCGUUGGUUUAUAGGAUUUUGGUGCUGGUUUUUGUCUUCUUGGUUAUUGGGGUCAUUGUGUGGAUUUUUGUGGUUAAUUGGCAUAGAAUUGAGUUGACUGUGAUGAUAAUUGGGGUUGCCUCCGAUGCACUUUCUAAGAAUUUGGGCUUAUUUGUGGCGUUACCGUUAUUGACACUUUGUUUAGUGGUUUAUUAUGCUCCAAUUAUAGUGUUUUUGGUGUUUUCAAGGCAUAAUGGGAAAAUUGUGCCAAAGGAAUCCAGUGCUGGGUAUGCUUGUGUUUGGAAGCAGGAUAGUUGGGUGCCUGCGUACUAUGCAUUGGCAAUUCUUACAAUGCUGUGGUCUUUGACUGUAAUGAUCGAAGCUCAGGUUUAUGUGAUCAGUGGGACUAUUGCUCAGUGGUACUUCACAAAGGAAGACUCAGCUCCUAAGAGGAGUAUUAGAAGCUCUUUGAGAAAUGCAUUUGGCCCCUCCUCUGGAACUGUAUGCCUAUCUGGACUACUUAUUUGUGUUGUUCGUAUGGUGCGGGCUGCUGUUGAUAGUGCAAGACAAGAGGAUAUUCCUGGGAUGGUGAACCUUAUGUUGCGGUGUUGUGUUAAUGCAUUACUGUCAGCAGUAGAUUUUCUUAACAAGUUCACAAUCAACUUUGCGGCAAUAACUGGUGAAGCCUACUGUACCUCUGCAAGAAUGACAUAUGAGCUCUUAAAACGCAAUCUUCUCUCUGCCGUUUUCGUGGAGACUGUCUCAUCUCGUUUGUUGGCUGGAAUUGCCUUUGUCCUCUCAGCAAUAUAUGCAAUUGUGGUUUGUGCCAUCUUGAAGGGCGUGAGCAAUCUUGGGGUUGACUCAUACUUUGUAGCUGUUCUUGCAUGGGUGCUUUUGAUAGUGGUGCUGGGCUUCUUUAUCCAUGUGCUAGACAACGUGAUCGACACUGUUUACAUAUGCUACGCUAUAGAUAGAGAUAGAGACGAGGUUUGUAAACAAGAAGUUCAUGAGGUUUACGUUCACCUACCCAUCAGUAGAAGCCACAGAUCGCCUAUUGUUCCUGGAACUCCCGAUGUAUAAUAAAAAUCCUUGACCCAUAAUGUUUUGCUUUUUGUUUGUCAUUUGUUAUUUUGUAUGUUACUGCCAGUUGACGAGUUGUGCAUACCUUCAAUUAAUGCAUUUGUACAUUUUGAGGCUUGUUCAAUAAAGAGUUUUCAGGCAACUUUGGGCA